AUAGUAGUGUGAUUUGUUGGGAAGAGGAGUGUAAAAUGCUAUAGUGCUCGUGUCCUCAGAUACUACACAAACAUUGUUUCGUGCUGCAGCAUAUGCAACGCUAAAACAGCGCGCAAAACACUGCUCUGUCGACUGAAUUUCAUGUGGAGGCUCUUCAGUUAGGCACAACACUUCAUGGUGAGCACAUCAAGUCUAUUUAGCUCUCUUACUUUGAGAUCGUUUCUCUUGUUGAAUCUCUUUUGGCCGGAAAUUGUGCGGUUCGCUUCAGCUGCUGAAGAAACUUUUAGUGUGAAGAGAUUGAAUUUAAUAUUUGAAUUUGAAUGCUCUUCUCACCGUUUUUAUCACUCUCCAUCCAUUGAACUUUUAAGACCAGCUGGUGAUUUUUUUUUUUUGGCAAAAGUUGUUAUUGUGUGAAUUAUUCAUAAGUUUUUAGUGAUAGAGACACUUUCACAGACGCAAAUUAUGGUCCUAAAAGACAUUUCUCAGCACAUCGCCCUUUCAGUGGUUAUUUUACUCUCACUUACCAUUCGAGUCUGUCAGGCGGAACAGUGUGGCCAGGAGGAGCUGGCAAGGUGUUCCCGUCCCCUCCAAGUCCUCUCGUCCACAUCUGAUCUCACAAUCGCGACAAACAAGGAAGAGCUCAACGAGAUUUGCCCGGAUUUAUACGGUGGCCUCCACUGCAUCAGGAGUUACACGAGACGCUGCAUGUCGCUUCAGCAUCGCAAUCACUUCAACAAGCUCUACCACGGAACGAAUCAAGUCAUACGAGAUUUGUGCCGGGAGGGACACUAUCAGAACGAUUACCUACGACAUGCUCCAUGCCUGCGAAUGGUGAAGCCGGAUUACGAGAUUUGUGCAAAAAAGUAUCAGGACACCAUUUCGCGAAUCACUCAGAUGGAACAGAGAGGAAUUGCUAAUGCCACAGACGAUGACACAGUAGCCAUUGUAUGUUGCUCUUUCCGGGAAUAUCUGGAUUGCUCAGAGAAGACAGCUAGAAGGAUGUGUGGUGAGGAGACGGCUGCAUUCACGCGAAAAUUCCUGGACAAAAUGGCAGAUAGUUUGAUCCGGGAGCACUGUGAGGAUUACUCAAUAACAUCCGGACGGUGUUCAUAUGAAACAUCUAUAGGGACUAGCUCAAAAUUUGACAUAAUUUUAGCCCUGAUGACUACAAUUUUUACCACAUAUCAUUGGAUGGACGCAAGAUAAUUCCUCCAAGCACGUCCAAACACUAAAUCUCAUUCCACUUUCCGGGAGACGGAGGCAAAAAAUCACUCAAGAGACAAGACACGAUCCUCCCAGACCCAUCGUGUGCAAUUUUUGGGCAUAUUACAAACCACAUGAAGACUGCAUAACAUAUUUUUAUUUCGACGAUAGUGAAAUACCAAAAAAAACAA